GGGAGCUUUUGGAUGUUUUGAGCCUUGAGAGGCAACAAUAGACCAUAUUUGGAAGGAGUUAGAGAAAUUCACUAUAGAGUUUGCAUUUUCUUCUUUGUAAAUUGCUAAAUCCGGGCUUUUAUAUGAUUGAAUGGAGUUCCCUUAAGAGAGGAAGAGGGACAUAUGGCUUAUGCUGCUAUUACUUGCCUUAUGAGGACCAUACACCAAUCAAUGGAACUUACGGGAUAUGAUUUGCAACCGUUCUAUGAAAAACUCGAAUCUUUGAGAGUUAUUCUGGAGAAAUCCUGCAGUAUAACUGGAAAUCUUGAGGCAUUAACAAGCUUGGAAGCUGAAAUCGCAGAGGUGGCAUACACAACAGAAGAUAUGGUUGACUCGGAAUCAAGACAUGUUUUUUUAGCACAAGUUGUGGAGGAAAGAAGCAGAGCAAUGUGGGAGAUCUUUUUCGUCUUGGAACAAGCACUAGAAUGUGUUGAUUCCACCAUGAAACAGUCGAUGGCAACAUUGGCCAGCAUGAAAGAUCUAAAAUCACAAACUUACACUCUUUCCGGUAUACCUGAACAUGAUGGAGAGCAGCCCGAGAAUAUAGUGGUUGGCCAUGAAACAGAAUAUAAGAUGAUCCUGGAUCAACUUGUUAGAGGAGAAAGGGAACUAGAAGUUGUCUCAAUCGUAGGGAUGGGAGGCAUCGGGAAGACAACUUUGGCUACAAAACUCUAUAGAGAUCCAUGCAUUAUGCCUCACUUUGACUUACUUGCAAAAGCUACUGUAUCGCAAGAGUAUUGUGCGAGAAAUGUACUCCUAGGCCUUCUAUCUUCAUCGCGUGAUGAAUCUUAUGAUCAAUUAGCAGAUCGACUACAAAAGCUUCUAAAGGGCAAGAGAUACUUGGUAGUCAUUGAUGACAUAUGGACUACAGGAGCUUGGGAUGAUAUAAAACUAUGUUUCCCAGACUGUAAUAAAGGAAGCCGAAUACUCUUGACUACUCGAAAUGUGGAAGUGGCUGAAUAUGCUAGCUCAGGUAAGCCUCUUUAUCACAUGCGCCUCAUGAAUUUUGAUGAAAGUUGGAGCUUAUUGUAUGAAAAGGUUUUUGCAAAAGAUUCUUUUCCCCCUCAAUUUGAACAGCUCGGGAAACAAAUUGCAUUAAAAUGCGGAGGGUUGCCUCUAGCAAUUGUUGUAAUCGCGGGACUUCUCUCCAAACUAGGCAAAGCAUUGAGUGAAUGGCAAAGUGUUGCUGCGAACAUAGGUUCAGCGGUAAGCACAGAUGUUGAUAUCCAAUGCAUGAGGGUGUUGGCAUUAAGUUACCACUACUUGCCUCACCACCUAAAACCAUGCUUUCUAUAUUUUGCAAUUUUCCCAGAGGAUGAAUUGGUUUUUGUAGAUAAACUUGUGGAGUUAUGGGUUGUAGAGGGAUUUUUGAAGGUAGUAGAGAUGAAAAGCAUAGAAGAGGUUGCACGAAAGAAUAUAAAAGAUCUUAUUGAUAGAAGUUUAAUUUCCAUCUGUCAUUCGAGAUUUGAUGGAAAAAUAGAGAGUUGUGGAAUGCAUGACAUGAUCCGUGAACUCUGCUUGAGAGAAGCUCGAAACCUGAACUUUGUGAAUGUUCUAGGAGGAAAGAGUGAUCAAAAUCCAUGUGCCCAAUCCAUGCAGUUUUCCUCUAAGAAUCGAGGUCGGACCAGUAUCCACAAUAAGGAAGAAUUGGCCAGGUGUCGUAACAGUGAGGCUCAUUCUGUUAUCCUAUUUAGUCGAUUUGGAUACUUCAUGCCAGAGUUACCGUUCAAGCUAGUAAGAGUACUAGAUCUUGCUUCAAUUAUCUGUCCAGCUUUUCCCAGUGAAAUACUACAUUUAUUUCACUUGAGAUACCUAGCUUUGUGUUUUUACCCUCACUUAUGGCAGUAUGUUGGAUCUGAAGAAGAGGUUCCCUCAUCAGUAAUAGACAUUCCUCCAUCAAUAUCAAGCUUAUUUUAUCUGCAAACUUUUAUACUUAACCUAUCAGCUCUUGAUUUUCAGAGCUAUCCUUUAAUAUUGACAUUGGAAAUUUUGGCGAUGCCGCAGUUGAGGCACCUCUGUUUGUACUGGAAUUACUUGUGGAAUCAUGAGCCUACUGGGAAAAGUUUGGAUUUGAAUAAUUUGCAAUGUCUCUCUGGAUUGAAUCCUUGGUAUUGCACCAGAUCUUUCUUUAAACUAUUUCCCAAUUUAAAAAAGUUACAAAUAUGUGGUGUCCCAGAAGACUUUCGCAGUCACAAGGACCUAUAUGAUUUUUGCUACCUAGAUCAGCUCGAGGAAUUGGAAUUUUUUCUUUCUCAUCAAUAUAAUGCUUGCUUUCUGGAGAGCAAUGCAUCUUCAGGUUCUACUCCACAAUAUCCUCUGCGUUUUCAGACGAAAUUUCCAUGGUUACCUCCUGCAGAUGAUGUUCCACUUUUGUUCUUACCUCCUCCAGAUGCUUUUCCACAAAACCUUAAGUAUUUAACUUUUACCGGACGUUUCUUUUUGCCAUGGAAGGAUUUGAACAUUCUUGGUAAAUUGCUCAACCUUGAGUCCCUUAAACUAUCUGAUUAUGCCUGCACGGGCGAGGAGUGGGAAGUGGAUGAGCAAGGGUUUCCUCACUUGAAGUUCUUGCUACUGGAAAAUUCACACAUUCGGUACUGGAGAGCAAGUAGUGGUCACUUUCCAUGCCUUGUACGACUAUUUCUUAAAUAUUGCUGGAAAUUGGACUCAAUCCCUCAAGAUUUUGCAGACAUAACCACACUUCAGCUUAUUAAUAUAAGAUACUGUGCACAAUCUGUUGAGAAUUCCGCCAAUCAAAUUAAACAGGACAUUCAAGACAACUAUGGAGGUUCUAUUGAGGUCCAUAUUUAUGAUACUUUGGUGAAAAAAAGAGAUAAUGAUCGUGAUAGUGACGGUGAUGGUGAUGAUGACGACAAUGAUGAUGAUGGUGGUGAUGAUAGUCAUGAUGGUGGUGGUGUUGAUGGUGGAAGUUUCACAACAGAUUUCAAAUAGGACUUGUUGAAAUUCAUAAACUAUCAAAUUCAGAGUUCUGCUUAGUUGUUAUUGUGGGGAAUUAGCCUUUGGCUCAUGUUUCUAUUACAUCCCUUAUGAGCAAGCACUGCAAUUUCCUAGACUUUCCAGAGAAACCCUGUACAAUAACAGGUGAUUUGAGGCAAUCAAAAACUUAGAAGCUGAAAUUACAGAGCUAGCAUCCAGUGCAGAGUAUAUAGUUUAUUAGCCAAUGAUUUGACCUUAAAUAUGUAUAUUUUGGCAGCUGAAAAGAACUAUUACGCUGCAAGAUCCUAUCAGUGCUUUGAAGAAGUAUAUGUUUGAGAACAAUCUGGCAAGAAAGGACUGCAGCAGUCUCUGCGGUACUUUUUGUAUGGACGCAGCUAUUGUGCGAAAAAUAUCAAAAGUGGGAUUUUUUGGAAGAAUGAAUAUCAUAGUUUUUUAGUUAACUUUCUAAAAUAGUCUAGUGAAUGAAUGUCAUAGUUUUCUAGUUAAGUUUCUAGAAUAGUCUAGUGCAGUCACUUGGAUAAGCACCUUGUGGAAAUAUCUAGAGUAGAAGAUAAAGUCACUAGAAUUUCCUUCUUGUUGUAUCCAGAAGACUAUCUAGAAUCAUCCAUAGACAAGUAUAAAUAGGAGUGACAUUGCACAUUUGUAACAAACCCCAAACGAACCAAAUAAUCCAAUUCAAGAGGUUUUCUUCCAUAAUCAAGUUCUCCCAGCUUUCUCUUCUUUAGUUGAAUCUUUCGAUCUUAAUUAACAAUCUUAGGUUAGGCUAGCAGAAGGUUUCCCGAAUUAUACUUUUCUUAUACUAUUCUUUAUAGGGCACAGCUGGAAAGGACUGCAGCAAUCUCUGCAGUAAAACUGUCAAAUAGUACGAAAUCCAGUUGUACAGUUGACCCGGGAUAAAGUGGCACACACCAGGUACCAGCUAGUGAGGUUUCUCAAAUCAUCAAAACUACCAACAUAACAAUCGUAUUUGCUGAUUGAAAGGGCUUUGGAAUUGGGCCUGAUGGAAGGUACAGAUGUCAGAAUCCCAAGUUCACUGAAGGCACUGCUCAUGUCUAGGUCUCAAGGGCAUUCAGUAAUCAAUGAUAACAGGUUUCCAAUUACUGAAUUAAUGAUUACCUGUCGCACUUCUAUAAAAGUCUUGGUGUUCCUCGUCUUAAAAGUUUGGUAAAAGGUGCUUUAUUAUUUCAAUUUAGGUCAGAGUUUUGUCGUCGUUUUUACUUUCACAUUGUUUUCAAGUUGUACUAUAUCAUGAACAAUAAACUCUGAAAGGCCUUGCUUCCU